AUGAAAAUUCUGGGAGGUUUCAGUGACGUGCACCUGUCAGGUGUGGAGCUGACGAAGAUGGGUCAGCAGGUGAUGGGUAGGUAUCCUGUCCACUUCCACAUGGCCGGAGACGUGGACGAGGUCGGAGGUUACACCAGACCUGCCUACCUGGACGGGCUGUCCAUCCACCACUGCUUCUCCCGCUGUGUUACCAUACAUGGCACUCACGGGCUACUGGUGAAAGACACCGUGGGGUACGACACCCUCGGUCACUGUUACUUCCUGGAGGACGGGGCGGAACAGCGGAACACCCUGGACCAUAACCUCGGGCUGGUGACGCGCCCUGGGGCCCUGCUGCCGACCGACAGGGACGCGACGAUGUGCCGAGGGAUCCGCACCGGAGUUUACGGGGACUACAUACCUCAGAAUAACGAGUGUUUGCAAGGCCUUAGGGUGGAUAACGGUGUGAAGACAACUCCGGCCUCAGCACGCAACCCUGCAGAGUUCCUGUCCAGGAGUUCGGGCAUCAAGUUCCGUCCGCACGUGGACGCCGAUCCCAGCAAGCCCCGCGUGCCGGCGGUGUUUGACGGGUUCGUGACGUACAAGAACUCCAUGACGGGCGGCUGGCUCAGGGGAGGAGACAUCGUCAUCAAAAACUGCGCGCUUGCCGACACCACGGAUUUCACAUUCGCAAGUGAAGGCGGUCCGAUGGGAUCAGGAGACGAGGGUUCCCGCCAGGUGCUGAGUAACUGCGUGUUUGUGGGAGAGAGUGGGAACCUGGGGAACUGUCGGGACCGGGGACAGGACGUCACCUGGGGGCCGGGGGCUGACGGGAGGUUCAGGACACUUUCACGGGGAGGACAAUACCCAUAUCGUGCGUUCGAGAUCUACGACGGACCAAUCGCGAUCGAGAACUGCACGUUCAGGAACUACCACGUGACCUCGGCCCGACCUGGGGUCAGCGCCCUCGGCUUCCAGCUGGAGAACCAGUUCCAAAUGGCGGUGACUAACGCAGUCAGCAAUGCCAAGUUUGAAGAGGUCGAUCUCCGGGUGAACUUCGGAGCUCGCGGCGACAGAUAUUUCGGCCAGAUGGACCGUGAGGGUGACAUGAUGGGCUCCUUUCAUGACGUGGACGGCUCCGUUACCGGGUAUGUCGGCGGCCAUGUUUUCAACAUCGGCAACCAUCUAGCGAAAAACCCCGGAUGUGUGGACCGACCGGACUGGAAUGCUAUGAUAUGCAACGACAACUACGCUAUGCUGUUCAUGCAGGUAGAGAGGCCCGGCACCAACAGUAUGAUCCUCACACGUGACGAGUACCCUGGUCACCCUGUCACUCUAGAGGGGCUCAACCAAUCACCGUCCAACAAGCAAAAGCACAACCCAGUGGUGACCGUGGACAAGUCCUACACCGUGCACUGGGACGGACGGGCGCCUGAGAGGAUCAGGAUCUACCCUGCUCACUUUAACAAGGACAACUGGCUCCGUCUGGGUUUCUGUUACCCGCCGGGCACCAGCUUCUAUGUGACGUACAUCAUCAAAAACCGUGUCACAGGUGUUCAGAGCAACUGGCAACAGCUGACAGCUGCAGCGGACCUGGCGGAGGUGGAUCAGGGCGAUGGGUUUAACUACUACUGGGACAGCAGUACAGGCCUUCUUUUCGUGAAGGUACUUGCUCAUUACGCCAGGACUGGUGAUAAGGCAUACAGCUACUGCUCCAACAUGGGGUGUGAGAGUAUAUACAUCCAGGCGACUAUGACGUCUGAUGACGUCAGUGACUGCAUGACGUCAGCCUACCCCAAAUAUAGCCUGUCACCAUCUCCUGGCCUUCCCAUGAUGCUCAGUAGUGCCCAGUGCAGGGAUUGUGGGGCUAAGGAACCGAUUCUUCUUGAGGAAAAUGGCGCCUUCCUUGACGUCACAGUGGUGUCACGCGGCUACGCCGACUUUGACCUGCCGGGUCCGUCUGCUGCCAUCACGGUGAACGGAGUGUCUUACACUUCUACUAACAACUUGUGGGGGUUUAACGUUGUCGUCGUGGACGCCCAUACCGGAAGUGUGAUUAACCACGCCGUCUUCAGGACCAACCGGGAGCCUGCAGAGGACGCCGCUUUCGCCAACUUCCUUCGGAAUGACGUUCCCAAAAACUCUAUCGUACUCGCGAGUGUGUACGGGAAUAUCCGGUACGCACAGGACUGUCUGUCAGCUCUGAUGGAGGUCGGAGCAGAGGAGCCUGGGAUCAGGAUCAGGAAUAAUGCGAGCUUCGCCUUUGUUGGCUUCAAGGGAGGUUACCGUCCCAACUGGGUCCGCCAGGUGUCGCCACCGAAGGGUAGCGGACCCGCCGUGAUUCAGACCCGAAUCCCUCUGCUGUACUGACGUAGAACUUGAUGUGAGGAAAUCUCUUCUUUGUUGAUCAAACUUGAUUCCUGGAAACGUAUCAGAUCACACCCACUGGCUUCAGUUACCCGAAGAAGUUUGAAAUAAAAUCAAUCCAAUUUGAA